AUGGAGAAAACUUCAAAAUCUGUUCCUUUGGAGAGGAAUAAGAGAGAAAAGGAACAAUUCCGUAAACUCUUUAUUGGUGGCUUGAGCUCUGAAACCACAGAAGAAAGUCUGUGGAACUACUACCAGCAAUGGGGAUAUCUUACAGACUGUGUGUUAAUACGGGACGCUGUAAGCCAAAAAUCAAGAAGAUUUGGUUUUGUCACGUUUUCAUCCAUGGCUGAGGUUGAUGCUGUCAUGGCUGCCAGACCUCAUUCCAUUGAUGGGAAAACAGUUACGCCCAAACGUGCUGUCCCAAGAGAGGACUAUGGAAAGCCGGGGGCUCUUGUCACUGUGAAGAAGCUGUUUGUUGGUGGAAUUGCGGAAGAUACUGAGGAACAUCAUCUUAGAGAUUACUUUGAGAAAUAUGGAAAAAUCAAUGCCAUUGAAAUAAUUACUGAUGGGCAGUCAGGCAAGAAAAGAGGCUUUGGGUUUGUUGCUUUUGAUGACCAUGAUCCCGUGGAUAAGAUCGUGUUGCAGAAAAAUCAUACCAUCAAUGGUCAUCGUGCAGAAGUAAGAAAGGCCUUAUCUAGACAAGAAAUGCAAGAAGGCCAAUGUUCUAGAAGUGGAAGAGGAAGAAACGCUGGUUUUGUAUAUGUUCAUGGUGGUGGUGGAAAGUUUGGAGCAGGAAAUUUUGGAGGAAGGAACUUUAGAGGAGGAUCUGAUGGGUAUGGAAGAGGACAUACAUUUGGGGAUGGCUAUCAUGGGUCUGGAGGAGGACCUGGAGGUGGCAAUUUGAGGGUUAGUUCUGGUCAUGGAGGAGGACGAGGAGGAUAUGGUGGUGGAUAUGGCAACCAGGAUGGGAGCUCCAGAGCUGGUUAUGACAACUAUGGAAGAAGAAAUUAUGGAAGUCAAAAUUACAGUGAUUUGGAGAAUUAUAAGCAGAAACCUUCUAAGUACGAAUUACUGAAGAGUGGAAAACUUAGUGGUAGCCGGAACAUGGGAGGAUCAUAUAGUGGAGGAAACUAUGGUUCAAGAGACAAUGGAGGAAGUGGGGGGUAUGGACAGACAAGAUGAUAUUGAGCUUCUUAUUUGCCAUGGACUUGACUGUAUAAAUAGAGAAUUAGAGCCCAGAGGUAACAGAAGAACUUUAGGUUAUCGAAAUAACAAUGUUCAGGAAACUCUUAUCUCAGUCAUGCAUAAAUAUGCAGUGAUAUGGUAGAAGA